AAUGGGACAAAAAGUACUGUAUGAAAAGAGAGAGAGCGAAAGGGGAGAGGCCCUCUGUCUUUCACACGCACUGUGUGACUGACAGAGCGUUUGAGCAGUGACUAGCGGAGACUCUGAGGCCUAACCAUGCUGUAGGCGCACUAAGAUAGUCACUCAGCAAGAGAAAGGACAGACAGAGAGAGAAGAGAGGAGAGAGAGAGAGAGAGAGAGAGAGAGAGAUCAAGACAGUGACUAGCGGAGACUCUGAGGCCUAACCAUGCUGUAGGCGCACUAAGAUAGUCACUCAGCAAGAGAAAGGACAGACAGAGAGAGAAGAGAGGAGAGAGAGAGAGAGAGUGACUAGCGGAGACUCUGAGGCCUAACCAUGCUGUAGGCGCACUAAGAUAGUCACUCGGCAAGAGAAAGGACAGACAGAGAGAGAGAGAUCAAGACAGUGACAGUGACAAUUUGACAGUGAUUGUGAAUUGAGGGUGAGGGUGACAACAAGAAAGAGAGAGAGAAAUAGAGUUUGUGAAAGUGGGACAAGAAGACUGAGAAGUGGAGUGAAGAUGAUGCGAGCUCAGAUUGAGGUGAUUCCCUGUAAGAUCUGUGGUGAUAAAUCAUCAGGAGUUCACUAUGGAGUCAUCACCUGCGAGGGCUGCAAGGGUUUUUUCCGGCGUAGCCAGCUGCCGUCCGUGUCCUACUCCUGUUCCAGACAGAGUAACUGUCCUAUAGACAGAGCCAGCCGCAACCGCUGCCAGAGCUGCCGACUGCAGAAGUGUGUGACCCAGGGCAUGAGCCGGGAUGCGGUGAAGUUUGGUCGGAUGUCGAAACGUCAGCGGGAGUCUCUGCGUGCCGAGGUGGAGAGACACCGUCAGCAGCAGCAGCAGCAGCAUCUCCAGGCAGAGGCCCAGCCCGCCCUGCCCUACGCCAGCAAGGCAUGCCGUUUCCGGACACCCCACCUGCUCCAGGCCCCGGCUCCGGCCUACUCCUUCCCUGGAGAGCCAGAGCUGCCACCCUGCCCGACCGAUGUGCUCCCCUACCUGGUGUGCUCCCCAGGCGAGUCCCAGGCUCCAGGUCUGGCCUACCAGGGCUCCUGUGUGUCUCCUGGUAGUGGGCACUCAGAUGAAAGAGGGUUCGACUCCCGUCAGCCGUCUCCUGACCAGACGAUAGGGAUGGGAAUUAGAUCGUAUGACCCAGAAGACCCUUACUGCCCUUACCCCCCCUCCCCCUCCCUGCUACACAUAGAGGAGCUGUGUGACAGUAUCGUGCGGUCCCAUAGGGACACCAGUCAGUUCAGACUAGAGGAACUACAGGCUCUGAGAUGGAAGUUGUUCAGCAGAGAGGAGAUCCAUGCCUACCAGAGCAAGUCAGUAGAUGAGAUGUGGCAGUACUGUGCCGUGAGGCUGACUGAAGCGGUACAGUACGUGGUGGAGUUUGCCAAACGCAUCCCAGGGUUCCGUGGGCUUGGACAGAACGACCAGAUCACCCUGCUCAAGACUGGAUCGAUGGAGGUGGUUCUGGUUAGAAUGAGCAGGUGUUUUAACACAGAGAACAGCACCGUCUUCUUCGAUGGGAAGUUUGGCAGCACUGAACUUUUCAAGUCUCUGGGCUGUGGUGAUCUGAUGGUGGCGGUGUUUGACUUCGCUCACAGUGUGUGUGCCCUGAGACUGACUGAGCAGCAGAUGGCUCUCUUCAGCUCACUGGUGCUCAUUAACCCCGAUCGCCCCUGUCUUGAGGAUAGAGGCAGAGUACAUAGAAUGAGAAGAGACUUGGAGGUAUGCCUCAGCCACAUGCUACGCAGAGACAACCAGGAGAGCCUUCAGCACAAGCUCUACCAGAAGGUGUCAGUGUUGCGGUCUCUGUGCAGUCUUCAUGUGGAGAAGCUGCACUGGUUCAGCCAGCGCUACCCGCUCACCGUCCACUCUGUCUUCCCUCCUCUAUACAAGGAGCUGUUCACCUCUGACCUGCCUUCUGUGGACUCCCUGUGAACUCCCUCUGAACUGCACCGUACAUGUUGACAGAUAAUUAGACAAAGAAACAUGCAUACAGUAGACAGACACACACAAACACACACAGAAACACAGACACACACAGACACACACAGAGACACAGACACACACAGACACACACAGAGACACAGACACACACAGAGACACAGACACUCACAAAGACACAGACACACACAGACACUUAGAGACACCGAGACUUAGAGACACACAGAGACACAGACAGAGACACAGACACACAAACUUAGAGACACAGACACAUGAGAAUGCAUUGAUAACAUGAGAUGAAAUUACUUUGAAUGCUUCACUUGUUGAAUAAAUAUGUUUUUGUCAUUUCAGAGAGCAAUGAUUUGAUUUGAUGAUUAUUUCAGUAGCCUAUUAGUGAUUGGACAUUGAAGCGAUUUUCAUGCAAAACAAUGUUUUAUAUGUUGUUGUUUUGUUUUUCCUUUUUGAGAGUGUUAUUUCAUCCUUGAGAUGAUGUAUGUUAUUUUGACUCAGGGCGGCUGUUGUGACUGUAUCCAGACCAGUUGCUAGCUGGUAUAAAUGACCAUAUUUAGAUGAUCACUAUGAAAUCUAAUGGGUGUUUUCUGAGUUGUUUUUAAAUGUGUGACUUUACAGAGUUGGCUAACCCAUCAGACUGAGUACCUGAACUAUAGCCCAUGGGCCCCAUGCUUCAGGAGCCAAACACACAGUCAAGUAUAUAGCUAGUCUUCUCAAUGAACUGUGUGUGGAUCGAAUUUGACCAACAAUCCUAUCUGUCUCUAUCGAGCUUUAAAAGAGUCUGUGUGUUGCAUUAAAACAGAGUCAGAAAUCCUAGACAGGCAGAAAUGUAAAUAUGAAUAAUCUAGAACAUAAACUUGGAUGCUGGGUAAUAUUGCUGUAGGCCUACAGUAUGUAGGUAGGCAUUUGAAUGACUAACUUUGGGCAUGACUGUUAUUGUAAACGUGUCAGAUUUGUUGCUUUAACAUUCUCUCUGUUAGUUUGUCUUCUAAGUGUUACCAUGGUGAUUCCCAUUGAAAAGGAUUCCAAUAAACUGCUGAUAUGAUUUAAAAAAUGA